AUGCCGCGCAUCGAGUUCGAGCCGAAGCUCGACUUCAAGGACGUGCUGCUUCGUCCGAAGCGUUCUACGCUCAAGAGCCGCGCCGAUGUCGACUUGGACCGGACUUACGAGUUCCGCAACUCGAAGGCCACCUACACUGGAGUGCCCGUCGUCGCUUCGAACAUGGACACUGUCGGAACUUUUGAAAUGGCGUCUGCUCUGAACAGCUACAAGAUGUUCACCACUAUCCACAAGCACUACUCGGUAAGAGCUUUUCAUAAUGUUCUAGUCAGUCUUUAUUUUUCAGGUGGAUGAGUGGAAGAACUUCGCCGCUUCUGCUGCUCCGGAGAUGUUCGAGAAUCUGGCCAUCUCUUCCGGAAUCUCUGACAACGACUGGACGAAGCUCAACCAAGUGGUGACGGAGCUCCCACAGCUCAAGUACAUCUGCCUUGACGUCGCCAACGGAUACUCUGAAUCCUUCGUCGACUUUAUCCGUCGGGUCCGUGAGGCGUACCCGAAACAUACGAUCAUGGCCGGAAACGUCGUCACCGGAGAGAUGGUCGAAGAGCUCAUUCUCUCAGGAGCCGACAUCGUGAAGGUUGGAAUCGGACCAGGAUCCGUGUGCACCACUCGUAAGAAGGCCGGAGUCGGAUACCCGCAACUGAGUGCCGUGCUCGAAUGCGCCGAUGCUGCCCACGGAUUGAAUGGACACGUGAUGUCGGACGGAGGAUGCACCAACCCCGGAGAUGUUGCCAAGGCAUUCGGAGCCGGAGCUGACUUCGUUAUGAUCGGAGGAUUAUUCGCUGGACACGAUCAGUCCGGAGGAGACCUGAUUGAGCAGAACGGAAAGGUUAGUGGCAUAGCACUCGGGGAAGGAGCCUAAUUUUAAAAUUUCCAGAAGUUCAAGCUUUUCUACGGAAUGAGCUCGGAUACGGCGAUGAAGAAGCAUCACGGAAGCGUUGCCGAGUACCGUGCCUCGGAAGGAAAGACGAUCACGAUUCCGUACCGUGGUGACGUCAACGGCACUGUCCAGGACGUGCUCGGAGGCAUUCGUUCCGCGUGCACCUACACCGGAUCGAAGCAUCUCAAGGAGCUCGCGAAACGUGCCACGUUCAUCCGAGUGACCCAGCAGACGAACGACAUGUACGUGCCUUUCGAGGUGCCAACGGCUCCAGCUGCUCCUAAGUAA